UUCCCAGUCUCUUUUUGGCCAACCGAGUGGUUCUCGAUUCUUUUCCCCUUCCUCCCUGACGAAGACAACAUCUCUGUAAGCGUCUCACGGAACCGGAGUGCUGGUGGCGGAUUAUGCCACAAGUUCGACCUGGAACAUCUGGUAGGGAACUGGCCCAUGUGUAGUGGCAGGCCAACACGACCUGACGAAGGUUGCUUGCUUCAAGACCAUGGUCUGAGCUCUGGCUCGUCGAUGACAAGGGAUCUCUGGUUCUUAGACGUCGAACCCCUUCAUCGCUAA